AGGGAGGAGGCACAUUAUCCAUGGUGUCAUGUGUCCGGAUCAGGUCGUGCAUUUCCCGAGCAUGAUUGUUUGUGGCUCAUCAGUCAAGACUUGGAUUCCCUGCAACCAGUGUGAAAGACUGCCGGCUCGUGUUGUAUUAUAAUAAUCAGGGCGCCAUAGAUCCUCCGUCGAUAUUCGCUGAAACAUCGCUAGCUGUGCUGGACGUCUACCACGCAUUUGCAGAAGACGGUUCCAGGCCCUGUCGGAGUGUCGCGGCAGCUAUCCAGUUUCUAUUUUUGGUUAGGAGUUCCGUGGCUGUUUCCCUGUCGUGAGCUAAGAAUAGACCCUUGUACUAUCCCGAUUCUGAUUGCGCGCGAGUCGUUGCUAUAUCUACCAGUUCGCGUGCACGCCGCUCCACGAGGGAGUCAGGGCAGAGCAGGGAGAUAAAGAGCAUGGCGGAUCUGAAGAGGCUUCCGCGCACGCUGAGCUCCGUGCCGUACAUCUUCACGUCGCUAGUACCGCUCAGCAACAUCGAGAAGAAGCAGCAGCGGCUGCUUGCCGAGAAGCUAGCCAAGGGCACAAACUUUGAUCAUGAUGAGGUGCGUCUGCUACUUCUCAUGAUCUGGUACUGCUCGCCGACAAAGAUCAACUUUGACCGCGGUGCAUUUCGCCAGAUGCUGCACGGCCUCUUCAAGAUGACUGAUGACAUCAUUAUGGACAGAGUGUUCCGUAUGUUUGACCAGGACAAUGACGGGCUGAUCAGUCAAAAGGAGUGGGUCAACGGAAUGUCCACUUUUCUCAGGUCGGAGGGCGAUGAGCGUGCAAAAUGGGCAUUUCAGAUUUACGACUUGAACAACGACGGCUUCAUAACCAGAGAAGAAAUGUUUCACCUGCUCAAGAACAGUAUGGUCAAGCUCGCUAACGAGGAGGAUCGCGAUGAGAGUAUAAAGGACAUUGUGGAGAUGACCAAUAAGAAAAUGGAUAUCGACAGGGAUGGGCGCGUUUCAGAGUCGGAUUUUGUAGCGGCCACAGGGAAAGACAGGCUACUCACCCAAGCGUUUGGCAAGUGUCUGCCGCGGGAAGAGUGUGUCCGCGCCUUUCGCGGUAUUCUAGAGCAGUUCCGCGAGCAGCUAUGAGACCGGCCGCAGUUUCUACAAAGCCAUCAACAACAUGGUCGAGUUCCCAACCCGGCACAGUACCACGACCAGCAACAGAGAAAACCUAUGUGACAGGCUGGAUACUAACCAGCUGAUGAUGUCAUCAGCAACAGCAAUGACGUAAUGACAAAGUCCUAGCCAUAGUACUGUACCUGCAUAGCGGCAGGCAGGACUACUCCAAGUACUCAUGCCGGGCUAGGCUCUAUCCUCACGGUCUAGUUUGAACUACCGGCACUCGGUGUGACCUGCACUACUAUAGUCUGUAACUGAAGAGUUAUCAUCUGAUCAUAGCAUGCCAGUUUCCUACCUAACAUUCUAUAUUUUUAUGUACACAUAUUUUAUUUUCAAGUUCGUACAUAUAUUUCGUACGAAUUGAACGUAGAGGUUGGAAGCAUCCAACUUCUUCAUGUUUAUGCUUGCGAUGCAUUUUAGUAUGAUAUUAGAUAUUCUAUUUUGUUUGCGUUCUUCACCGGUAAUAGUCUCCCAGUCAGCGUCCACCAAGCCCAAACACCAACACAGGUUCACGGUUCCCUGAUCAUUUGUUUUGCUUCG